AUGGAGAGCCACAGCUUCAGCGCCGAUGAUAACAAGAAGGAACAUCCUUACUAUGAUUCGCGUACCAAUGAGCAAUCUACCGAGUACACGACUACCUACACCUCUGGGACAACGUCUUCCAGAUCAUUCACCAUGGGAGUCGGAACAGGCACACCUCCGCUCAGCUCCCUACAACAGCGACAUCAGCAUGAUCUUGGCUUCCGCGAUCAACUAGGAAGUGCUUUGGGGGACACUGCACGUACAUCGUGGCGUACAGAGUCAACAUCCACAACCUACAACGAGUCGCCUUCUGAAUUUAGGGAAAGGCAUCAUACGGUUCACGCAGAGGCUGAAAAUAGAUUAAAGAAGACGGUAGAUCGAGAUUUUGCAAUUUUCUUCUGUUUCUUCGUUUUUGUUCUCGUUAUAGUCUUUGGCAGCUAUGUCUGGGGCAAUUUUAGUGGAGGGAAGGCAACUAAUAACCUGGGAACCCAGGCUAUUACACAGAAAAGUAGCUGGGCGAUCUGGAUUCCUCUGGGCCCUCUCUGGGUUGGAUACGGUUCUGAAGGUUUCUUGUGGAGUUUUUCUCUGUCAUUCUCGUUUUGA